GCUGCGGCGUCCCGCCUGCCGGGGGCGGGCGGAGGAGCGCAGCGGGCCGGAGCGGGUCGGUGCUAGAGCGGGGCUGCGGCGAGGCGGAGAUGGCUUCGCAGCCGCCGCCUCCCAAGCCCUGGGAGAACCGGCGAUUAGCGGGUGGCGUGGCGCCCGCCUUCCAGUCUCCUGACUUGAGUGACAACUUGCUGACCAGACCUGGACAACCCACAGUUGCACGAAUACCUCCACCUAUUUUGCCAAGACCAUCACAGCAAACAGGAAGCAGUAGUCUCAGUACUUUAAGGCCAGCAUAUAGCAGUUCUUUUACUACAGGCUAUGGUUCAUAUGGAAAUUCUUUUUAUGGAAGCUACAGUCCUUACAGUUAUGGAUAUGGUGGCUUGGGCUAUAACCGCUUUCGUACAGAUGAUAUUCCUCCCAGCAGGUUUGUUCAACAAGCUGAAGAGAGCAGCAGAGGUGCAUUUCAGUCCAUUGAAAGUAUCGUGCAUGCAUUUGCCUCAGUCAGCAUGAUGAUGGAUGCUACCUUUUCAGCUGUGUACAACAGCUUCAGAGCUGUGUUGGAUGUAGCCAACCACUUCUCCCGCCUCAAAGUACACUUCACAAAGGUGUUUUCAGCUUUUGCUUUAGUGAGAACUAUAAGAUAUCUCUACCAACGUCUACAGCGAUUACUGGGUCUGCGGAAGAGCUCUGAGAAUGAGGAUUUGUGGGCUGAAAGUCAGGGGACAGUAGCUCGUGUUGGUUUUGAAGACAAGGCAGCUAACUCAGCAAAAUCCUGGCCUAUUUUCUUGUUCUUUGCUGUUAUUAUGGGAGGUCCAUAUCUGAUUUGGAAACUGCUUUCUACAUACAGUGAUGAAGAAUCAGUAUCUAGUAACUGGGCAAGUGGAGAAGAUGAUCAUGUAGUUGGAAGAGCAGAAUAUGACUUCAGUGCUCUCUCAGAAGAGGAAAUAUCCUUCCGUGCUGGUGACAUUCUAAAAUUAGCACCCAAAGACCAACAACCCAAAAUCCGUGGCUGGCUUCUGGCUAGUUAUGAUGGUCAAACAACAGGACUUGUACCAGCUAAUUAUAUCAGAAUACUGGGCAAAAGAAAAGGCAGGAAAACAGUGGACCUGGAAAGGAUUACAGAGCAACGUCCAUCUUUCACUGGGAUGCCUGCUAGAGGAUCCACUGCUGCUGUGACUUUGGAGGAACAGGAAGCUGCUUUUGAUUCUGUUUUUGCAGGAAGUAAUAAAGUUCCUGUUGCAUCUGACUCCACUGCAGUUAGUGGAGAGAAACAGGAACUCUAAUGCACUUUCCUCAACAAAGCAACUGAAUGGUGUUUUAUUGAUAAAACUUAGGGUAUGUUUAAAAUCUAUGUUGUAGUAGAACACUGAUGGGCCUGUACCAGACUGGUAAAAAGAUGGAGAAAUUCUUGCUCAAAUUUGUAUUAUUUCUUUUUAAUUUACCUAAGGCUGCAUAUUACCUAACCAUCUUGCAGCAGCUAUAAGAUCUGGAGCCAGGAAGAAUUGAGGUGUUUAUAACAAAGCAAACAAACAAAGUAAUAAGCGCUGGUUUGUUCUGAUUAAGUAGAGAAACUGUUGAUAAAGUCUAGAAUUAAUGUCCAGUCUUCAUUGGAAUGUCAGCUUGACAGGAUGCCACUUCAGCUGAUGUGCAAAGGGAAAGUAAAUUUCUGUGAAAGGUUGUCCGGAACUGGAGGCUGAGGACAAUACUCUAGUAGUAGUACUUUGUUUCCCUCUAAGAAUUGCGAGAGAUUUAGGUGACACAGUCAAAUCAUUACAAGUUCUCAAUUGCUUGCUUUUGGUAAGAAGUACGGCUUCUGUCAUAAAGACUUAGAUUGCUCUUUCUCAUAAAAAUAGUGACUUAUGAGAAAGAGAAGGGGGUACAGUAAGGGAAGGAGAUAGAAAUUAAAAAAAAAAAAAAAAAAAAAA